AUAACCUCCUCUCCAUCACGUCCAGCUUCGACGCGACAUCGACAAGGCAAGCACGAUUCCCCUCGACGUUCAGUUCGCCAUCGCACCCAGCCUUUGUUGCAGCAGUGAGCUUGUGGAAGAUGGCGCCAUCGACGACAGCCGAGCUGGAGCUGCUGACGUUCCUGUCCGAUUCGAAUGCACAAGUACGGCAAGUGGCUGUCGAGCAUGUGGCGAGUUUCUCGGCCAAGGCGCACCCACGGCGGACGCUGCUGACGCAGAGCGCCAAGCUGCUACCAGCGCUCGACGGCAAAAAGGGACGGUUGAUCGGGCGUGACGGCAAGGAGUGCGAUCCAAUUGAGGAUCUCAAGAAGCUAUGUAGAGACCAACCUAUCGCUGCGCAUGACGCCUUUUCCGCACUGAUCAACCUGAGCGAGAGCGCGCAGGUUGCGACGCGAAUAGCCGACGCGCCAUUCCUCACCUUCCUAGUGACGUACAUCGCGGACUCAGUGUCGCUGCUAGCGGAUCUGGCGUGUAUGCUGCUGUCGAAUCUGACCAAGUUCGAGUCGGUGGCCGGGGCGCUGCUGCAGCUGCGCGUGCCGACGAAGCCGUUCUACAGCUUCAUGAGCAUGGAAGGCAUGGAUGCCGUUAUCAGGGGUAUUGACGCGGACCCGUCUGCAGCAGACUACGAGGAGCGGAAACGCGCAGCGCAGGAGCAGGCGCACCGGCUUGUCGAGGCGGCGCAGCAGCAAAAACGGCAGGAGGAACAGCAGGUGGCAGCGCUCAGCUGUCUACUCGAUGCGUUCGAAGAGGGUGCGACGGUUGCGAGCAACGAGAGCGCCGUCGAGCAUAUGCGCCGCAAAGUGGAGCAAGCGCAGCGGCAAACUGAGACAUCGGAGGGGUCGUCGCAGCAGCAGCAGCAGCGCGAGGUGGGUGCAGACGGCAAGCGGAAGAUCAAGCGAAAGAGCAACUGCAAUUUCCUUGCGAGCGUCUUUGCGAACGUCACUGUCCUGCCCGCUGGGCGCCAGUGGUUCGUGGAGCCGCUGUUCGCGGCGCAGGAAAAGACGUCAAGAGAAGCAGAGACGGAGAGGGAAGCGACAGACUACGCCGUCGCGCGCAUUAUGGUCUUCACUGAGCACCCGGACCUGAUCCGGCGAGGGGGCGUGAUCUCAGCGCUAAAGAACAUCUUGUUCAUUAAGAGCGCGCACGAAGUGCUGGUGGCGCCGCCUGCACUGCCGCUGCCGGCGAGCUCGCUGCGCAAGGACGCCGACGCGCUUUGCGAAAAGAUGCUGCGCGGCGCCGCGGCGCGACGCGCGGCGGCGGCGGCGUCGUUGGACGUGCUGCCGUACUUGCUUCUGCCGCUUUGCGCGGGCACGGAGCUGUCCGAGCUCGAUUUCGAAGACCAGGAGCUGCUGCCAGAGUCGUGCCAGCUCCUCGAUGCGGGCAAGCAGCGCGAGGCGGACGCGGCGCUGCGGCUGAUGCUUGUCGAAUGCCUUUUGCUGCUGUGCACGGGGCUGUACGGGCGCGUGUGCCUGCGCGAACGGGGCGCGUACAUCGUCGUACGUGAGGCGCAUUUGCGCGAAUCGGACGAAAAGAUCACAGAGGCGGUCGUGCGCCUUGUCAACAUUCUCAAGCGGGACGAGUCGGAGAACUCGCUGGGAGACGCCGAGCACGACGAGGGGGAGAGUAAGCACAGUGACGGAAAGGCUGGCAGGUUACCAGGCGAGAUCGACGUUGGCGCAGAGGACGAGAGAGGGGAGAGCGGGGACGAAGACCUGGUCAUCGAGGAGCUAUGAAGUUUUGAGUUGCAUGGAUCCAGUCAUGUCAUGAUACAUCGUCACCGGUGCCCCUCCCACGUGAUGGCAGCA